AUGAUUCCUUAUGGUGAUGCCUCUUGGUACCAAGGAUACUAUUCCCCAUACUAUGGCCCGUCACAUGCUGCGCUUCGUGCAGAAGUUCGUACUUGGGUUGACGAAAAUAUCAGACCUUACGUCGACGAGUGGGAUGCCAAGGGUGAGAUGCCUGCAGAAGUAUACAAGAGUUUUGCUCAACAGGGAUACCUGGCGGCUGUCAUCGGAUUGAAGAAGUAUCCCACCCAAUAUACAGACCUACGCCUGAAAAACGUUCCUUUGGAUGAUUUCGAUGCGUUCCAUGAGUUUGUCAUUUUAGAUGAAUUGUGUCGAGCAGGAUCUGGUGGAGUUGUUUGGAAUUUAACUGGUGGUUUCAGCAUUGGCAUUCCGCCGGUAGUCAAGUACUGCCAGGAUGCUGUUAGAAAGAGAGUAGUUCCUCAGAUCCUGAGUGGUGACAAACGUAUCUGUUUGGCCAUUACCGAACCUGAGGCUGGCUCAGAUGUUGCCAAUCUCACUACUACUGCCAAGAAAACGCCAGACGGCAAGUACUAUAUUGUCAAUGGUGCUAAGAAAUGGAUUACAAAUGGUGUUUGGUCCGACUUUUUUUCGGUCGCUGUUCGUACUGGUGGCCCAGGUAUGAAAGGAAUUUCUAUGUUGCUGAUCGAGAAGACUUUCCCUGGUGUGGAGGUUCGAAAAAUUGAGACACAAGGCAUGAGGGUUUCCGGUAGUACUUAUAUCACUUUCGACGAUGUUAAGGUACCAGUGGAGAAUUUGAUUGGUGAGGAGAACAAAGGCUUCAAGACCAUUGUAACUAAUUUCAAUCAUGAAAGAUUGGGUGUUAUUGGUCAAGCGGUAAGAUUCUCUCGUUUAUUGUACGAAGAGUCUAUGAAGUAUGCUCAUGUCAGAGAAACCUUUGGUAAGAAGCUUGUCGAACAUGACGUUAUCAGAAUGAAGCUGGCUCAAAUGGCCGCCAAAACUGAGGCAGCUCAAAAUUGGCUAGAAAAUCUGAUUUAUCAAUACGAUGCUAUGGAGGAACAAGAAGCCAUGAUGCGUCUUGGUGGAGCUAUUGCCGGCCUCAAGGGCCUAGCUAGUCAAACGAUGGAAUACUGUGCUCGUGAGGCAUCGCAAAUCUUUGGUGGACUGUCAUACACUCGCGGCGGCCGUGGUGGCGUAGUUGAGCGUCUAUACAGAGAGGUGCGUGCACUUGCAAUUCCUGGUGGCUCAGAAGAAAUCAUGUUUGACCUUUCUAUCAGGCAAGCUCUUAAGGUUCACGAAUUCCUUGGUGCUAAGCUUUAA